GAGUAACCCUAAGUCAAUUUGAGAUGUUCUAGUCAGCCAUAUCCCGUCUUAUAUUUAACCCAUUUCACAGUGACAUUUUUAACCAGGCAGUUAUGAUGCAUUGCAGUUCUACAGGACUUGAAACCCCAACAAUGAACGUAGGGUUUAUUCAAUACUGCACCUCUCUGACAGUGCUAGGGUCAGACCGGUUGUUCUGCAAAGAAAUUUGGGUGACGGCAAUGAGAAAAUAACCUUGACAGCACCAGAAGGUGGAAGAACCACAUACACAAUUACACUGUAAAGCCAAGUCCCUGAGGCAGAGUCAAGAGUGCAGCACUGAUGUCGUCCUCCAGCCUCUUUGUGGCUCAGCAGGAGCGCCGGAUCUCACGGGCUCCUGGGCUGUCGGGCAAGGAGACGACCGAGGAAGAGGAUGAAGUGGCCGUGGGAAUGGACAAAGGAUUCAUGGAUGAAUUCUUUGAGCAGGAACAGGAGUUGAUGUUGGAAAGAGGGCUAAUUCCAGUGUUAGCUGACGUCUCCUGCCUAGAAAAACACAGACUUGCCGGGAAUCAUCAUCAUCAUCGCAUGCCAGUGGAUGAUUUCAUUAGGAGAAAAAUGGUGGAGGAAAUCCGAGGUUUCAUCGAGUCCCUGGCGGAGAAAGUUGAGGAGGUGAAGAGGAAACACAGCGCCAUCCUUGCAUCACCGAACCCUGAUGAAAAAACAAAAGCUGAACUGGAGGAUCUUAUGGCAGACAUCAAGACACUGGCCAAUAAAGUGCGCUCCAAAUUAAAGAGCAUUCUGCAUACGAUUGAGCAGGAAGAAAGUCAGAACAGGUCGUCAGCUGAUUUGAGGAUACGCAAGACACAACACUCCACACUGUCCCGCAAGUUUGUGGAGGUGAUGUCCGAAUACAACACCACCCAGUCGGACUACAGGGAGCGCUGCAAGGGCCGCAUUCAGAGGCAGCUGGAGAUCACUGGAAGAAAUACGACAAAUGAGGAGCUGGAAAGCAUGCUGGAAAGUGACAAUCCAGCUAUCUUUACAUCAGGGAUCAUCAUGGACAAUAUCACCCAACAGGCGAUGAACGAGAUCGAGACGCGGCACAAUGAGAUCAUUAAGCUGGAAAACAGCAUCCGAGAGCUUCAUGACAUGUUCAUGGAUAUGGCCAUGUUGGUGGAGAGCCAGGGAGAGAUGAUAGACCGCAUAGAGUACAAUGUGGAGCACUCGGUAGACUAUGUGGAGAGGGCUGUUUCAGACACUAAGAAGGCGGUAAAAUACCAGAGUAAAGCUCGGAGGAAGAUGAUCCUGAUAGGAGGUUGUAUCGCUGCUUGUUUGAGCGUCCUCAUAAUUUCUCUGGCGGUUGGCCUCAGCUAGGACAACAGAAGACCUCGCAGAACAAUCCAAUCCCCCCUUUGACGCAUUUUAUUUUGUUCACGUGCUGAGAAUGGACUUUAUACCGUUUCCUGCUUGUAAAGAAACUGGGCCGGCAUGCAAUAUAAAAAGCCUCGCUUGAGUGUUUUAACAAUAUUUCGAGAUGACAGAUUUCCCACUGCAUGAUUCUCAUGCCCGUCACAUAAGUCACUGCUGCAGUGUGUUUCUAUGUGUUUCCCACCGACUGCAAAUUCACACACGCAAAAACUAACUCAAUAAAUAUAUAAAACAAGGAGACAAUAUGAAAAUGACAUAGUUUUUACAGUAUACAGAUAGUCGCGCCUGUGGACUGUACAGUGCAAAAUUAAGCGACAAAGUUAAUCUUUAGUGACUUUUUCUGAAAACGUUCAUGGUUAAAUUCGCCAGUGGCGCCUUCACGUUCAUGGUUUUAACUUUACUACUUGAUGUUGACUAAUUAUUAAUAACACUUUUUGGCCAUUUUUCCCCCACAUCAUCCUUUGUGUAUUCUGACCAACAAAUGUCACAAACACCUGCAAGCUCUCUUAAAUGGUGAAACAACAAUGUAUAGUAUCUCCUUUAGUUGAUGUGCUUGCAACACCAAACUGAAGACUGGAACAAAGUGGCUCAUGGUAAAAUUAAACAAAAUGCAUUGUACUUACUUACAGUUCCUGUUAAAACACUCCAAAAAUGUCACAAGAAAAUGAUCUGUGUUGUUGUCUUAUUAUUCUGAGCCACUGUGCGGACAGACGCUGCUUGAGGUCAAAAUCUUUUCCAAGUUUAAGAAUCACUUGAAAGACCCAUUCCAGUUCUCAUUUUGUUUUGGGUUUUAAUAAAGAGUAGUAACAGUACCAGUAUAUUGUAAAAGAUAUAGAAGAGAAUGCAAAGAUAUUAACUGCUUUUAUGAAGCGUAAUUAUUCAGUCAAGUUUCAUACGUACACACACACACACUGUAGUACAUUUGCAUGCUGUGCCUUAAAAUGCGUUUCCACUCUCUCUCUCUCUCUCUCUCUCUCUCUCUCUCUCUCUCUCUCUCUCUCCACUUAGGAAGCUAACUUAGCAACUGCUACAACUUGACUCUUUUCAUUCUAAUAACUCGUGCAUUGUGAAUUAUGUCCUUUUAUAUAUUUCAGUGAUUCAAAGUCCCAAUACUUUUGCUCCUGUAAAGUCGAGGAGCGUACUUUUGUUGGUUGAUUAAAACAUUUCUAACAUGUUUUCUUUUGCUCCCUACUCGCUGCCCUGGACGACUGUUGCUCUCUUCACUUGUCUUCUUUUCCUCGCUAAAUAGAAGAAAAUAAUGAUUAUUAUAUGCUGUGUGAUUCUGGGAAUAAUCAUUGCAUCCGCCGUGGGGGGCACGCUGGCCUAAACCUCGGCAAACACACACACACACACACAUACACACACACACACACAUCAAAAAGAGAUAUGCUCCAAUUUGCCAUGAAUGCAAAAGUAUUACGCAAUGUUUGGCAUGCGGUGUGUCACUUCCUGUACCAUCCAUCUAAGAUGACAACAUGUGUUGGCAUGAGGGUUUUUAUUUAUUUUAUUUUGGUUAACAAUGUGCGGUGCUGCAACAAAUGUUUGAGUGUUGUCAUGAUACGAUGUUUUGCCCUCAAAGUGAAUUAUUGUGUGGAAAAAACAAAAGUUACAAAAAGGAAUAACGCACCGCUCUAUUUAUACAUUCUAAGUAUGAAGAGAUACUAAGUUGUCUGUUUUGUGUGUGGGCAAUGUAACAUGACUAAUCUGCAGUAUUUUUUGCAAUGCCACGUUUAAUGACUCAAACAGCUUUUUUCCUGUCUUUAACUUUCCAUCCAAUGUCUACAUUACAAAGUAGUAUUGUGGCCACAACAAAAACAAUAAACAAAAUUACAGGAAUAUAUUGAAUUUGUUAUAUUACUGUGACAAAAUUGUAUUUUUUUAUUUUCAACAAAAAGGUCAUAUUAGCAUAAAGUUGGAUAUUUUCAAGAUAAAAAGUGACACCAAACAACAAAAUCCAGUUGCUAAUAUAUUAAGGGCACAUCUUCAGCGGCAAUUCUAUGGUUACAUCACCUUCCCAAAUUCUUUCUCAAAAGCCUUAAAUUAUUAAACCAAUGAAGUUCACUUCUUUUGGACAGACAUGAGAUUUUCUGCUCUGCCAUGUUCUCCUCCAUACUCUCAAAUUCACCAGUUUGGAGAUGAUUUUUCCCAUCAUAUGUUGGUUUUGCGCCUUUUCUAAUGGGAAAGUUGUGCUUUCAUGGCAUCCUGUUGCCAAUGGACAAUGUUUAAAUUUAGCCGAGGUGCUGAUGCUUAUGACUUUAAUCUUGAAGAGAUUACAACUUUGUCAUUGCAAAAGUAUGACUUUAAUAAACAAAAUAUAUAGUACUUUGUGCUUGUAGGGUUAUAACUUGAAUUUCUGAAAUUAUAGAACAUUUUUUCUUUUCAAUGUUUCGUGGCCCUAAUGCUACUUUGUAAAUGUCCUCUACCUCCCUUGCAAAACAAUGACAAAAGAAAAUCCUGCAUGGUUAAGUCUGGUGUCUAAUUCUGAAGGAGCUCAGUGGCAAAAUUGCUCUUGUGCUUGAUUUGCUCUCAAUUUUCCAUCAUUUUCAUCAUCUCAGACUGUUUCCUCUAGCAGUGAACGUGUGUGAGUGCAUGUGGAAAAGGAAACGUGUUGUUUUGAGUGGCACGAGGUAAAAGGACCUCUUGGCACUUUUUCUAUUGUGUAAACUCUCUUAACACUGCCAGUAUGUUCAAAAAACGUGAGUCUGCCCUAACUGGGAUGUUUUAUUGAUGACCCUUUUUCUUUUUUUUUUUUUUUUUUACGUGUCUUUUGAUAACGCUUACGCUUUACACGUUCAUUCUGUUGGUUCUCACUUGAAGAUAGGGUUGGGCAUCGAGAACAGAUUUAAACCGGGAAUUACGUUCCGGAUCUCCUGGAAUGAUUCAAAUUAAAAACAAAACAAUGGUUCCCAGUUUCGACGCGUACGAUCCGCUGACCCCGAAAAAGAAAGUGGCGGAAACCAACGAAACAGCGCGCGAAGAGAGGCUUGUGCUCGGCGGCGGCGGCCAACAGUGGUGACUGUGUUAAAAUAAAUCACCAGUAUGGAAGUAGAUUAGUGCCAGCAGGAUUUGAAUUUGAAAUAUAAAGUGAAAGGGAAUUUGAAUUUAAAAUUCCACAGAAAAGAGGAUUUGAAUUUUAAAUGUAAAGUGAUCACAUGUUCAAUAGCUGUAUUUCAGUGUAACUUUUCAAUGUUAACAAUUUAACCGGUGACAAUUUGCUGCUAAAAUUCACCGUCUGUGCCACCAGGCAGGGUUACUUCAGGUCAGAACCAAACAGCCAGCCAAUCCAGUCACGCUUUCUUUGUAUGUGAUGUCACGUGACUAAGAAAGUUUAACUGCGAUUGGCUGGGUGUUUUGCCUGGUGCACAGAUGGUGAAUUUUAGACACCGAAUUAUUGAACUAUUGAAAAUGUGAUCACUUCACAUUUCAAAUUCAAAUCCUAUUUCACUUCACAUUUCAAAUUCAAAUCCUGUUUUCUGUGGAAUUUCAAAUUCAAAUUCUAUUUCACUUUAUAUUUCAAAUUCAUAUCCUGCUGGCACUAAUCUACUUCCAUAGACCAGUCUCAGAUCAACACUUGGAUUAAGAUCACAUUGUACAAAAGAGGCAUGGGGGAUGCGCUUCCAAGCAUUAACCUGCGGCGCACCGAAUUUCACUCAAAUCAAUUAGGUGAGUGAAAAAAAAUAAUUGAGGCAGCUCGCAAGUUAAACGGUACGCAGCACUUUAGCACUGAUGUCUUUUUUUUAGCAUUUAUUUUAGUCUUCAACAUAAGAGCUGAUGACCGACACAAAAAUGAACUAUAAAUGACAACCAUGCUGGAAAGAAAGUUGAAACAGUCGCGUUGCAAGAAAAACAAAAACCCUCUCCAAAUGUCAACCUCGCAACUUUACACAAUGAAGUGGGACUAAAUUCACAAAAACGUCUCUCAGUAUCACAAGCACAAACCUUGCGCCUCAUCAGGUUAUGUCAAGGAAUUAAAGUUUUCCAGAGUAAUUGGCUCAAUGCGUUACUCUUUCUUGCGUGUCGUUUUACUUUUAAGUUGUACCGUUGUAGUGUAAGUUAUUUUUUGUGUCAAAAACCCAAGAGCCAGUGCUUACUUUUCAAAAUGAAAAGCUAGAUGAUUAAGACAGUACGUCACGAUAAAACUUGCACAUGAACUGUUUAAGAAUUUAACUUUUAGGUGAAGCAAUAAGGAAUAUUAGUUCCACAGAAACUGCCUUUUAAUUCAUAGGUUAGAUGUUGAUACUGGGUUUAAAACCCUCCGAGUCAAUCAAAUCGUCAUUUUAGUUUACACUGCAGGCUAUUUAAAAACAUUAAUAUUCAGAAUUCGGACACCCUCUAUUUCAACCAUUCAAAACAUUUUGCCGGACCCCCCUAAAAGACUUGCAUUCGAGAAUAAUUCGAAACCACAAUCAAAAUGAAGAACCGGAAUCACUCAAAUCCAACCAAUGCCCAACCCUACUUGAAGAUGUCAGCAUGAAGUUAAAGUAGCCCUGUUAAAAACAAAGCAACUAAAAAAUGUAUCAGACUGCAACCGUGUUGCCAUGUUGUCUCCUCGACUUGCUGCCUUUGUGUUGUGUCGUAAUGACAUGGAUUUUGUUUUUUGACUCUUCUUGUUUUUCAAGUAAAG